AUGAAGUUCCAAUCACAUGGUCUUUAGAAGCAGCGGAUUUUGCAAAUUAAGUAAGCUUUAAAACUAUGAACUCAGUUAAUUCAGAGAAAGCCAGCUCAAAGAUUAGGGUCUGACAAUCCUGAAGCAGUGAAAAAUCAUAAGUGGUUUGAUGGAUUCGAAUGGAAUAAAUUACUUAAUAGAUAAUUAUAGCCACCUUACUUACCACAGAAUUAUAGCAACUCAGAUGGGUCAACUAAGGAUACAGAGUAGGAUACUAAGGAAAACAAUAUUAUGCUUAGGCGUAAUUCGAUUCAAGGUAUUCAUUUAAGAUCUAUGAAGCAUAAUUCGAGGGAUAUAGUCAUGAUCAAAAUGAACUUAUUUCUGCUGAACUAACAAAAUUAUGA